AUGCCGCCCGCGCAACGACCCACAGGCCCGGCCAUGCCUAUCCCGUCGAAAGGCAAGCGCAGAGGCCAAGCCACCGGCUAUCACGAACAGAUGACCCCUGCCCGAGCUUUCGACACGGUCACUCAAGCUGGCAGGGGUGGCAUCGUCCCGCUCGCGACAAGUUCGCAACCUACGCCACAGACGCAACUGGAGGAGAUCGAGCGCACGCUACCCGUGCAUAUGACUCAGCAGAUCCAGGCGCCGCCUGCACAAGACAUAGCUCCACUACCCAUAGAGAGCCCCGUCGAGACUUCUCAGUCGCGAGAGGAUACGCCCGCCAUCAAGAAUCACCCCAUCGUCCACUGGAUACCAUUGCGCGACGAGUACAUGUUUGCUAAGCUUCGUCUGGCUGGCCGCCCCGGUGUUGUGGUGUGGGUCAACGAUGAAUGGCAGCCGACGAGUCUGCGACAAAUGGGGCAGAUCAUAAAUUUCGGACAUUGGGAUGGGAGUCGUUGCGGUCUUGUGCGACGGUCGAAUCCGAAGUUUAUCGUGAUUGACACGAACGGUAUUCACGAGAUCAGCGCCAAGUUCUGCGGGUGCACUGGUACUAAGGUGCCCAUACGUGAUCAGCUCCUAGCUGCUCGAAUGUGGCCGUCGACAACGGAGAACCCUCAUACUGCUGCGACAUUCGAUGUUCUAGAUCAGUUCGAUGCUCACAGCGCGUCUGGGAAGCAAAACGCGUACGACUUUUACAACGCGCUGGAAGCGCUGACCGACCCAGCAGGGCUGAUUGAUAUCCCUGAUCGAUCAAAGACGUUCUUCCGCAUAGCGCACGAGAGCCGCCAUGUACAGCUUGCCCAACGAGGUGGUCGUGGGCAUGACGCACGCGGCGGCAUCGACAAGACAGGUCGAGGUGAACUGGCGGUUCUUUGUCCGGCAUGUCCGCACAAGGGUAUCAACACGGAUAUCGUGGACAUUAUCCGCAAGAUAUCGCCUGAGCUAGCUGACGCCGCCCCCAUCUUCAACGACCUGGUACAGCUCUCGACGGACUGCAACUUUCGCGCUAAGAACAAAGACAAUCGCUCUACGCUCAAAACUAGUCCCUACCUCGGGGACGGGAUGGCAUAUAUGGUUCCGUAUCAGCCAUACGAAGACUUUACAUCCAACAGCGCAUACCAGGAAGAGUUGAGCAAUUGCAACAGAUUUGGUGCGCUCGUGCUGGCGAACCUGAAAGCGGGGAAGGGUCUUAGAACGACCGGCAUUGGAGCGGUGUUCUGCUCACGACACGAAUUUUUCUGGCCAAACUCGAUCGGCACGCUCGUGAAAGGCGAAAGAUAUUGCACGAUGGACUUCAUCAUCGCGUCUACGCUCCGACGUGUACACGUCUCGAACCUCAACCUGUACUACGACAUCGUCUGCCAGUUUACUCGAAAUCUGCACACACGAAUGCUCAGCGUUGAGUCUAAAUCAUUUAUCUAUGUCGGCUCACAGAAGAUCCUUCACCAUCUGCACAUCACGUUCGGAAUCCCAAAGUUUCACAAUCCGGGCCACAUGAUCUCCUGCCAACUUUGGUUCAACAUUUCAUACAUAGUCGGCGCAGGCAACACAGACGGCGAAGCGUCCGAGCGCGCUUGGGCUGGUCUCAACCCCGCGUCCUCGAGCUUCAGGGAGAUGGGUCCCGGCACGAUGCGUGAUACCAUGGACUUCUUCGCCGCCGCCUGGAACUGGCGAAAGACGAUCAAUAUGGGUUCAUCGCUGGAGAAAAAGAUGGAGGUGGCGUUGAACGAAGCGCGUGAGCAUUGUGAAAUCUACACUGGGUUGUGGCAAGUUAUUCGCGGAGAGGACGCAGGGCUGUGUGAUGAGUGGCUCGGGGAGGCGGUGGCGUGGGAGGAACGGGAGAUACUUGACGCUCUGGGUCGCCCCAUCAUCAAGGGACGAGACGCCGUUCUCAAUCCGUACGAGUCGCGUACACAGAAGCAAUCGCUGGAGAAGGCGCGGCUUGCGAGUGCCGAGAUCGCGGCCAAAGCGACGUCGGACAAGGCGCCACUAGAUGGCGCGUCGAGUAAGACAGCGGCGAUGGUAAACUUCGUCCUCAUGGCCUUCAAGAUCGAAGUUACACAGUGGAAGGUGGGACGGUCCAACAAGAACAGGACGUUGAUUCAGAAAACGGAGCGCCUCGAGCAGCGAAUGGACCUCGAGCGGCAGAUCCGACUGUUCCGCAAAGAGCAACAGUGGAUGAUGCCUCUGGUCUACGCCGCUAUCCAGGAGUUGGAGGGGGUGGAUAACUCGCGCGACGACACGAUCGACGAGGAUGAGGACGAUUCGGGCGGCAAUAACGUGGACGUCAAGGAUAUGGAUUCGAAGGUAGUCGGCGGACAGUUAUGCCUGCCAUCUGAGCUUGACCGCGACGUCGUACGCACACACGGGCUGAUCGAGCUCGCAUGCGAAGAGCUGAAGUUACGUUGGGCCGGUAUGGCGGACUGGCUGGACGUUCUGCGUCAACAGCUGCGGGUCCGUGGCACGGUCGACAAGUGGAAGACGGAUCACGUUCGUGGGCAGGGCUUGAGCACGCGAGCGCGUACGAAGCAGGAGGCGAUACAGGCCAACGUGGACACAGCCAAACAGAUGUACAGGCAUCAUCGGGAACGCUACGCGACGUUGAUCAGCUUUCUCGAUGAGGAUGAGCAGCGCGCACUCGUACCGGCCAAAUGGGAGGAGACGUUCGAGGUCCUCGAGGAUCGUCAUUGCAAGCCGCUGACGCAUCGUAUAUUGUUGAAGAUGGACGACGAGGAGAUCAAGCACAUAAAAAGUGUGGUAAGUGGCGAGCAACCAAGUGGCCAGACGCACCACAAGAUUCCCUGGAUUUGGUACCGCAUUAGCGCGGGAAGCAAGCUGGAACUCAACGACGACUUGCGCGUAGAGUUCGUCAAGUGCCGGGCGCGAGCAAUGAGGUGGGUGGAGGAGAUAUUCCACUUGGCGUACGAGAUGGUUCGCGUCCCCGCUUUUUGCGAGGCGCGCUCGCGCUGGUGGUCAAGCCGGGCGAGUGUGAAGCUGGACGAGACAGUUGAGAAGGAGCUGAUGGAUGGGGUGCAUGCAUAUGCCCGCCAACAGUCCACGAUGUUUAGAAGGCAAGGGAAGGGGAUGCGGAGUCGCUUCGAAGGCUCGCUGGAGAAGGCUGCGAGGUUCGUGCGUUACCACGGUCUGGAUGGCUUGCAGAAGAUUCCGUCGGCAGUAUAG